AUGGCUAUUGUUAUUAUCGUGAGAUUCUGUCAACCGGCUGGCGCGCAAUGGGAUCCAAACAUCAAAGGCGUGUGCAUGGAUGCAAAUGUUCAAGCGGCAUUAGGUGACAUACAGGCUGCUUACAAUGCUUUCAUGGACAUUGUUGUCGCCCUAUUCCCACCAUUUGUCAUCAAAAAACUCAACAUGAGUACAAAGAUGAAAGUUGGUCUCUGUAUCAUUAUGGGAGGGGGGGUCUUUGCCGCCAUGUGCACCAUUAUCAAGACUUGGUUAAUCUCAAAGAACCUUGCAAAUCAUGAUGAUAUCACAUAUUCUUGGGCUCCCAUCACCCUUUGGUAUACGGCCGAAAUGGAUGUAAUCAUCAUAUUUGGCAACAUUCCAACACUAUGGCCCAUGUUCCGCUGGGCCGCAAACAAGGUCAAGAGUCGGAGCAGAGGCAUGAGUCAUGGUGUGUACCAGAAUACAUCCAGCCACCCUGAUAUUAUGGACGGAGUGGACGCUUUCGAGCUCAGAGACACAUCGGGCAAAGGAUCCGGACCGGCAACGCGAGCAUUAGAGGAGUUGGACAAUAUGUGUACCGCUAGAACAAGAACACCUGAUGGGAGUGACGGUUCUGCAUCGAGUAUUAUCAGAUAA